AUGAGUUCUGGAGGAAGAAAGGAGGUUCAUUACGUCAAGGUGUAUCUGAGAUUGAAAAUUGUACUUCGAGGAAUGAAAUGUACGGGUAAAACGAGUCUCUUCGAAGUUUUCCAAGGCCAUGCGUGUCCCGACAAAUAUAUUCCCUCGAGUGAAAUUAAUACAACACAAGCAUACUGGACGAAUCCUCAAACAAAAGAACGAGUUAAGGUUGCUGUCUCUUCGCUACUUUUUAAUUCGCAGAUUGAAAUUUGGGAUGUAGUGGAUCAAGCUUCUGUAUCUGAAAAAGAUCAAGUCAGUAUCGACAAGCUUCCUGAAAUGACAAAGAAAGGCAGUGUAGCUAGUGGCAGCUACAUUUUCGAAGGCGUGGACGCAAAAAACGUCAAUGUGUAUCAAGGAUGCCAAGCCUGUCUUUUCCUUCUCGAUCCUCGCAAUUGGAUAACCUCGCAGCUCGACUCCAUCGAAUACUUCAAACAAAACGUCACGAGCGUUCCCAUUCAUAUCCCCAUUCUCGUCAUCGCAAACUUCCGCGAUCAAUUCGAUGCCUGGAAAAUCUCUCCAGCGGAGCUGCAAUCGCUAAUCGACGACUACUCGCAGCUUCCUUCGCUCCCGGAGUCGGAAUCGCACGAUCCUCCGCAGCCCGCCGAGCUCCUCUCGGAAUUAAGUUCAUUCGGCACCAUGCUCGGCGAGCUGUACGAAGGCCGUCGCCGCGUGAUUAAGCUCAUCGAGACAUCCAUGCUGGAGAAGUUUGGCCUGCACUCGCUGUAUCUUUUCCUCUGCGUUCCAUUCUUCAUUUUCGAACUGAUCCAGCUCCGUACGCAAAUUAUCCAAUUGCGCGAAGCCGAUGAAACGCUCGCGAACUACGUAAAAACCGCGACAUACGAGGCGUUUCAGAUCAUGCGGCGCGAAUACGAAAUGAAACUCCGCGAGGAGGAGCGACGGAAACGCCUGGAGGAACUUCGAAAAGAACGAUUGGCCGAAGACGAUGAAACGCCCGCCAAAGAUGCGAAGAAACUCCCUGGCGAUGAAACGCCCGUGUCGAAAGAGCGGGAAAAGAAGAAGCCGUUUUUAGCGCGGGAAAAGAAGAAAAGCGGGAAUCGCAUCAAAACCGCGGAAACUUCCGGGAAGAAUUAUGAAACGCUCCGCGGAGAAAAAGGGGAUGAUUCGUGGAAACGUGGAACCGUGGAUCCGUGGAACCUUCCGAGCGACUCGGAGAACGAGCUAGCGAGUCCGUCAGAAUUCCCGCGGGAGAGUCGUUCCGCGGGGCUGUGCGCGUGUUCUCCGGGGAGUUCGUUCUACGACGAGGAGGGUGGGCGUUAUUUUGAAGGAGGUUUCUGGUAG